AUGACGACUUCCGUGGAGAGCGGUGUCUUCUGGUUGCAUACGUAUUCUCCACGGGAAAAUCCCUUUAUCAACUGUAGUUCCUGUAUCCUGAACUCACCAGUCACAAGUCGGCUCAAUGCGUUUCAAAGUCAACAAGUAUGCUGCAGCGAUCGAGGCUACGUGUCUUUCUAUGCCAUCUGA